AUGGAUGCAUUAAUCAGAAUGAAGCAAGAGAACUUGUUUGUAAUGAGAGUGCAAACACAGCCAUCACUUACCAGCACUGGCUUCCUGCUGGGUCUCCAGAUUCCUUGGGCGCGGUGUGAGCAGCGGGCAAGAUGGGUCCAGCAGCUCUACUGGAGCGACCCUAGGAAGUUCGGAAAGGGCUCCCGCUCGUGCCACGUGUGCUCAAACCGCCACGGCCCGAUCCGCAAGUACGGGCUGAACAUGUGCUGGCAGUGCUUCCGCCAGUAUGCCAAAGACAUCGGCUUCGUCAAGUUGGACUAAACACUUCUCAAGAAGAUGAGCUGUCACAAGGAGACUACUGGACAUAAUUCUCUGCCUAAUUUGGAUAACUGGGCAUGCUAAAUUUACCAAGUCUUUGCCAUGCUAUUUUGUGUAUAAAAUAAAAUAGCCGAACAGUC